AAAACUAAUUAAAUUCCGGAGAUUCGUCACCACGAGGCUACGAAUUACCAAAGAAAGGCGGCCGGUAGUCUUGAAAAAGGUUGCUGAUACGAUACACCGCUGAGUAAGGCUUCGGCGCUUCUCCCUUUGCGCAUCUCCGAGUUACCUCGAGCUGGUUUCCAUUGAUCUUUUCUUUUUUCGUACCGGUUGCAGUUUAUCGGCCGGUAAUUUUGCUGGUUUGAGAAUUCUAGGCUUGAAGCAGCUUGUCUCGUCUGGGAGAAUCUAUAAUGCAGGCGUCAAGAGCAAGGUUGUUCAAGGAGUACAAAGAGGUUCAAAGAGAAAAGGUAGCAGAUCCAGAUAUUCAGUUGGUUUGUGACGAUUCCAAUAUUUUUAAAUGGAUAGCGCUAAUCAAGGGACCAUCUGAGACUCCUUUUGAAGGUGGUGUCUUCCAGCUUGCCUUAUCCGUACCUGAGCAAUACCCUUUGCAACCUCCUCAAGUGCGGUUCUUAACGAAAAUUUUCCAUCCAAAUGUUCAUUUUAAGACGGGUGAGAUCUGCCUAGACAUAUUGAAGAACGCAUGGAGCCCAGCAUGGACUCUGCAAUCUGUUUGUAGGGCUAUAAUCGCUUUGAUGGCUCAUCCCGAACCUGAUAGCCCGCUAAACUGCGAUUCUGGAAAUCUUCUGCGUUCGGGCGAUGUCCGAGGUUAUCAAUCAAUGGCAAGGAUGUACACAAGGCUGGCUGCCAUGCCCAAAAAGGGCUGACUUUCCAUUGCUUCUUCUUAGUCAAACAUUUGAAUUUGAGGUUAGCUGUUGUCAUCAAGGAGACCGUAGUAUGUGUUAAUGGCCAUACCUACAAAUUUGAUAAUCCAGACAUCUUAUGUAAAGUAAAGCACAUUCCAUCUUUUAUUUUA